CCGGAAGUGCACUGCCUUCAUUUUCAGAUUAAUCUGCGCACCAACAGUGUUUUUGUCUUCGACUGUUGCAAACCGCAACAUCGACCCUUUCAAAAAUAUGGGUUAGACGACGAGAGAUGAGACUCGUCAUUAUUUUUGCACUGUAUGGGUUCCAUGGCGCGAUUGCAGUGUUUCACUCUCUCACCUAUUGGGCAACUGCAUCAUCUCAGGUUCAUCACUUCCCAGAGUAUGUGGAGGUUGGUUUGGUGGAUGGUGUUGAGUUAAUUUACUACGACAACAACAGCAGGAGAGUCAAACCCAAACAGGACUGGAUGACCCGACUCAUUGAUGAUGAUCCGGAAUAUUUAGAGAGAGAAACACAGAGGUGCAUGAUUGACCAGCAGACGUGCAAGACACUCAUUAAAGUAUUUAAAGGCAGAUUCAACCAGAUUGGAGGUGUCCACACUCUUCAGGUGAUGCACGGCUGUGAGUGGGACGAUGAGACUGGAGAGGUCAGAGGUUAUUAUCAGUACGCUUACGAUGGAGAAGACUUCAUAGCGUUGGACUUGAAGACUCUGACAUGGAUCGCUGCCAAACCACAGGCUGUCAUCACCAAACUCCAGUGGGACAAUAAUGAAAGUCGCAACAGAUAUCUACAAUCCUCCCUGUCCGAGCGAUGUCCUGAGCUGCUGAAGCAGUUUUUGCACUACGGGAAGAGCUCCCUCCUGAAAACAGAGCUUCCAUCAGUGUCUCUCCUCCAGAAGACUCCGUCCUCUCCCAUCAUCUGCCUCGCUACAGGCUUCUACCCUCCACGAGCCAUUCUGUUCUGGACCAAAGACGGAGAGGAGCUUCUCGAUGAUGUUAAUAUUGGAGAGGUCCUCCCCAACCCUGAUGGAACCUACCAGAUGAUGGCUGAGCUGAAACUGUCAGACCCGUCUGAAGACUGGGAGAGGUUCACCUGUGUGUUCCAGCUUGCUGGCGUUAAAGAAGACUUGCCCACCAACCUGGACAAAGAGGCCAUUUUAACCAACAGGAAGCUGGAGGACCAGACAGUUCUCAUCGCUGUCUCAGUGGCUGCUGUUGUUGUUGUUCUGCUCAUCACUGCUGCUGCUGUUAUUGGAGUGGUCAAGAGGAGAAGAGCAGGACGAAAACCAAUAACUGACUCCAACAGUUCUGAGGAGGCUCUGAAUCUACUGAUUCCCCUGAUUGAAGCUCCUGCACACGGUGAGUCACUGAGGAACAUUCUUAAAGAGACUAGAGAAGAAAAGCUGCUUUGACUCUCCUGUGAGUGAAGAAGAGAGGUGGGGUGGAGUACCUGGAGGAGUGUUUGAGUGACAGCAGACACACCAGGAUGUAGGGCACAGAGAGACCAUCUUCUUCACUCUUGAGACGUUUUUGUCAUAGGAGUAUGUAAAGUAAUAAUAAAUAAAAAUUCUAUAAAAUUUAACCAGUGAAAGUCAGACGUUGCUUGUCAACUAUUCUUCAAUAGAAUUAUUUUAAAAAAUAAACUUGUGAAACAGGCCUGGACAAAAAUGAUGGUAACCCAUAAAUUCAUGUUUUGUUCUACUGCAAUCAAACGAUUCCUGUUACUGUCAACGAGACCUUUGCACCUCGCAGUUGGCACAGUAUUUUAGCCCACUCCUCCUGCGCAAACUGUUCCAGUUGUCUCAGUUUUGAAGGGUGCCUUUUCCAGAUGUCAUGUUUCAGCUCCUUACAAAGAUGCUCAAUAGGAUCAAGCUCAGGGUUCAUAGAAGGCCACUUUAGAGUUGUUCAGUGUUUUCCUCUUAUCCAUUCUUGGGUGCUUUUAGCUGUGUGUUUUGGGUCAUUGUGUGUUGCAAGACCCAUGACCUGCGACUGAGACCAAGCUAUCUGACACUAGCCAGCACAUUUCUCUCUAGAAUCCCUUGCACCCUGCACAGAUUCAAGACACCCUGUGCCCUUGGAUGCAGCAAAGUAGCCCCAAAACAGCAUCUUUGUUUCACAGUAGGGACAGUGUUUUUUUCUUUAUAUACUUCAUUUUUUCGUCUGUGAACAUAGAGCUGCCUUGCCAAAAAGUUCAAAUUUUGUCUCACCUGUCCAUAGGACAUUCUCCCUGAAGCUGUGUGGCUUCUCAGCAUGUAGUUUGGCAAAUUUCAGUCUGGCUUAUUUAUUACUUGUUUUCAACAAUGGUGUCCUCCUUGGUUGUCUCCCAUUAAAUCCAUUUUGUCUCAAACAACAACGGAUGGUGCGAUCUGAGGCUUAUGUUCCUUGAGCUUGAAGUUCUCCUUAAAUCUCUUCAGAAGUUUGUCUGUCACCAUUCGUCUUUUGUAAUCAUUUAUAUUAUACUUCUCCUUGAUUCGUCUUGAAUUUUCCUCCAGCCAUGUCCAGGGCAGUUUGCUGAAUAAUAUUGUUGUUGUCAUAGUUGGGAAACACACCUUGAUUGUAUCUUAAACACGUCUGUUUAUUUGUGCGAAUGACUACCAAAGAACCAACAAGUUAAAUCCAAAAGUAUUUAUUCCCCGUCAGAGGAGUCAGAGUCAGGUCUUGUGUCGACUCUUCUUAUUUUGGAGUGACAUUGAUGAAUCCUCUUGUUGUUGUCCAUUUUAAGUCCUUUUUUGGUGGGAAGCUGUUAACAGAUAUGGUCCACUCUUCUGAUUGGCUUGCUUCUGCUGGUAGACUGGCUCGUCCGGUCUCUGUCUGGCUCUAUGGUCCAUAAUUCAUCCUCCUCACCUGACCUGACAGCCAUGUGUAGCAAAAACCAGGCUCCUCAAUGCACCGCUUGGCACAGUAGCCGCUUGGACAAAACAGUAUGAACUCUGGAUCGAUGAUCAAAGAGUAAUGAGAUAUUAAUUAGACAAUUGUUGUAAGUGGUCUUGAUAGCUCACUUUCAACAGUGAACGUCCCGGAACUGACAUCAGGAUUGUGUGUGUCAUGUUCCGAUUUUUGCGUCCGUGAAUCGCCAUUUAAACAAACCAGUGCGGUGAGGCGACCACUCGCAACAUUCAUUCAUUAAUAUAUGACAACUACUGAUGGUAGUUAGUUACUCAAAGUGCAGAGAUCCCAAACGAUUGAGGAACGAGUUUUUUUUUUUUUUGGUUGAGAAGCAAUGUCUGACUUUCAUUGGUUAAAUUUCAUUGGAUUUUUAUUUAUAAUUUAAAUUUAUUUCUGUGACCAUUGUGAGCUUUUGCUCCAUUCAAGGAAGGGUACAGGUACCAACAUUUUUUUCCGUGUGUAGUUCAAGCCCAUCUGCAACUCAUUUGCGCUAAAAGCUAUGUGGAGAAGGUUGUAUCACAACUACUGCUUGACUAAUAGUAUCAAUAUAUGGUUGGUUAAUGGCACUUGUUGUGACUUACCUGUGAACAACUCUCCCCACAGUCAGCCGCCAGGUGCCGCUUGAGGUUCGUUAUUAUGUAGCCGCAUUUGUCACCCUUAACCUCAAUCCUCAGUCCGAUAGCCGAUUGAGAGCAGCAUUACGGCAAAGAAGAAGAAGAAUGGGAAGCAAGAAGCAUUUACAGGAUUAGCGACAAUGCCAUCUGCAGCUGUGUUUGUGGCUUGUGUUUCAUAUUUCCAUUAACAAAGAAAAUACUUUUGCAAUACAUUUGUAGCUCAGUCUCAUUGUUUUCGAUGCCAUCUUUGAUACUACCCAAAGGAUUCUGGGUAUUCCUCAAUACCGAGGGAGGUCGCGGAGUUCCUCAAGAUUAAGGAAGCUACGUUCCUCAAUCAUGUUCCUCCAUAUAACUUCCUAAGAAUUGGGUCAGUCCUUACUCCUUGCGAGAACAAGCAUUUUUGAGGGUUGAGGGUGAGGGUUAAGGAAGGAAUUGGAACACACCAUAAUUCUCGAGUUGAUUUUCAUCACUAGGACUGAGACAUUUAACAUGAAGACCAGUUUAGUUUGUCUGAAACGGAAUCACAGAUGAUUUAAUGAGGAUUUCUCUUCUCACUCAAAUUCCUUCUCUCUUCAGUUUCAAGAAAAGAUGGUGCAAGAAAGGAAAAGCAGCGUUAAAUAUCUUCAGUCGAAAUCACCAGGAUUGUGUUGCUGCAUCUAUCAACUGCUAAGAUCACGAGUCAGCGAAUUUUGAGUCUCUUAAAAGUUGACGAUGUUUGGGUUUUGGAAAAUCUAAAUUCUGCAACAAUCUGGCGAGCAGCUAGAUGUCUGCUGGUGCCACUGUGGAGCUUGAUUGCAGCCCUUCAGGUAUCCACUGCAAGCGCACUGGUUCCCCUGUGGAUUGAGUGAAUCAGCAUGACCGUUAUUACAGUGAGUGUCUUGCCAUCAUCACGAUGAGUAAAGCAAGUAAGCAUAAGAUACAAAGGAGCUUUUUUUUCAAAAACUUUUCCAAACCUUAUAAUGUCGAUCAACUUCGCUUGUAGUUUGGACCUCAUAAAUACAGGUAUCGGUCCGCUUUGUUGCAGUAAUCCUUCAAAUAAAAGUUAAGAUGCCUGUGACUUAAAUGUUAUGUACAGAACGUUAUCAUCGCUCAGCAGGUCAGUUGUCGGCCUGCAUUGUUCAUUAGUGCUCAUAUUUUGAAUUUUAUUUGGAGCACUGUUUGAAUGUCAGU